UAUUUGAUUAGCACGCCCUUCAGCCACUCACAACGCAGUGAGCGCCGUUACUCCGGGUGACUCACUCACUUCUCAACUCAGGCCGUUCCAGCCAAUAGUAUGCUCUACGGACUUUGGCCAAUACCCAGCAGCUUUGCGUGAUAGACAGUUUGUUUGUCCAAUAGAGUGAAAGAGACAGCGGCAGCUGGGUUGACAGGGAAGUAACUGUUGUCAAGGGACUGAGAGGUGGAAGGUGCUGAGCUUGGGCGGCAGUGGUAGCAGCAGCAGCAGUAGCCUGGUGUGUGGAUGUCGGUUUCUACUACUGAUGGGGCAGCAGUGAGAAUAAAUUGACUUUAUCACUGUGAGCCUUCUCUUUCAUUGUGUUCAACUAAAAGUCUAAAGAACUUCUGUUUGAAAGAUCUUCUGAAACCGUCAAGAUGAGUGCAAUGUUGGAAACCCCCGAGAUGCCCGCCGUCUUUGACGGGAUGAAGCUGGCGGCUGUUGCGGCUGCUCUCUAUGUCAUUGUACGCUGCUUGAACUUAAAAAGUCCAACUGCUCCACCUGAUCUCGUUUUCCAAGACACUGCUCUAGCACGCUUCCUGUUAAAGUCAUGUCCCUUGCUGACCAAAGAGUACAUUCCACCUCUUAUAUGGGGAAAAAGUGGACAUAUCCAAACAGCGCUAUAUGGAAAGAUGGGGAGAGUCAGCUCACCAAAUCCCCAUGGACUGCGCAAGUACCUUAACAUGUCUGAUGGGGCAACUGCAACGUUUGACCUCUUUGAGCCACUAGCUGAACACUGCACUGGAGAAAAUGUCACAAUGGUCAUAUGUCCUGGAAUAGCCAAUCACAGUGAAAAGCAGUAUAUUCGGACCUUUGUGGAUUAUGCCCAGAAGAAUGGAUAUAGAUGUGCUGUGCUAAAUCACCUUGGAGCCUUGCCAAACAUCGAGCUGACAUCUCCACGCAUGUUCACUUACGGCUGCACUUGGGAAUUUACAGCUAUGGUGAACUACAUCAAGAAGACAUUUCCUCAGACCAGACUGAUCGUUGUGGGGUUCAGCCUUGGAGGGAACAUUGUGUGUAAAUUCCUUGGAGAGGCUGCUGCCAAUCAGGAAAGAGUCCUGUGCUGUGCCAGCAUCUGUCAGGGGUACAGUGCUUCCCGUGCACAGGAAACCUUUUUACAGUGGGACCAAUGCAGACGGUUUUACAACUUCCUCAUGGCGGAUAAUAUGAAGAAAAUCAUCCUGUCUCAUAGACAAGCUCUCUUUGGAGACAGCAAAGUGAAUAAAAUCUUCGAGGAUUCAGUCCUGAGCCGAUUGUACACUGCUACAUCUCUCAUGCAGAUCGAUGAUACUAUAAUGAGAAAGUUCCAUGGCUAUAAGUCUCUUAAGGAGUACUAUGAAGCGGAAAGCUGUGUUCGGUAUUUGCACAACAUUCAUGUUCCCCUCAUGUUGGUGAACUCUGUGGAUGACCCACUAGUACACGAGAGUUUGCUAUCCAUUCCGAAAUCCCUAGCUGCAAAGAAAGAAAAUGUGGUGGUGGUUUUGUCACGUCACGGAGGACAUCUGGGCUUCUUUGAGGGUGCUGUGCUUUUUCCAGAGCCUUUGACCUGGAUGGACAAACUACUGGUGCAGUACUCCAAUGCCAUGUGCCAGUGGGAGAGAAAUAAGCCUCAGUGCUCUGAUGCGAAGCACGCAGAGACGGAGCACAAGUAAACUACGCACUUCCCAAAGACUUGCCUACAGAAUCAUCAUUUUUUUUUUAUGCAUUUAUAAUUCUACAGUUCUGUAUUUCUUUGUUUUUCUUUUUGCUACUAUUCUUCAUUAAUUGGGUCUGCCCAAGCUAUCUUUGCAGUAAAAUACCAGGGAAGAGGCCAUGACUCCACUGUGAGCCUGUACAGUUCCUGCUCUCCCAUUUUGAUAAUUUACUGCAGUGCUUUACGUAGUAUUUAUGUAUUCUAUUUAUUGCUGUUUGGAACAGCAAGGCCAUCAUAUUUGUAUCUAUAUAUUGUCAAAUAUUAGCGUGAAACAGAUUAAUGGCAAAUCCAGACACCUGUCGUUGAAUGGGUGAGACUUUCAAUGCUAAACAUACAUUCCGAUUUGCAGUAGAAAAAUUGACAUCUGCGAUCUGUGAGGGUGAUUCAGAUCUGAUCGUAGAUGUGCUAAAUGUAGCACAUCUAUGAUCAGUUACUCAGACAUGCGGGGGGACGCCCAGCACAGGGCUAGUCCGCGACGCAUGUCUGGCCCUCCCUCCCGCAUGGGUGUAAAAGCAUCGCACUACAAUGCUGUCAAUCAGGCAGAGGCAAUCGCAGCCCUGAGAUGCUUUCGCAUCUCACUGGGCUUCACGGGGAGCGCAAGCGCAGUGUGUCCGCUGUGUGAGCGCACUCCCCAAAGGGCUUCAGACUGCGAUCGCUGCAGCGAUCCAGUCUGAGUGACCUCUUAUAUCCUCUGUGAUAGCAGUCAUUUGCUGCAUUAAGGGAAUCUUUCCAAUCCGUGGGGCAAACAGCAUGGCUGGACAAGCUCAAGGGGCUCCUGUAUCCUAAGAACAUACUACGGUGGCCACAUUUUCGGUGAUUUAAGCAGGUUUAUUUGAAAUACAGGCAGUCCUCUGAAUUUGUCUGAUGUUUAUUUCAAAAUGAUCUUGUCCAGUCAUGUGCUGGAAUAAUAAAAAUCAAACAAGUUACACGUAUUAUCUUCCAGAAGUACAGUAAUGGAAGUGCAGGCCUCAUCUUGUAGAUUUGAGUCAAAAUUUGUCAUUUAAAGUUUACCUGCUGCCUACACUAACUGGAGACAGGCGUUUGUGGGCUGAGCUAGUAUAAUUAGGAACUGGUGACAUGACUGAGCCAUGAUGGAGAAGAGAUUGGGUCCGGCCCUGAUACUAUGGAGGGUAUUGCCCCAGAGAGGACUGUGAUUGUGC